AUGGGAGGCGGAGAUCUUAACCUCAAGAAGUCGUUCCACCCGACGCUGCGACGGAACCAGGCAGCCGUCUACGACGAAGAACAGAAAGCCUUGGCCGAGCGCAAGCGCACCCAGCAACGCAUCAAUGAGAUCAAGGAGGAGCGCGCCAAAGAGGAGCUGCAGCGGCAGCUCGAGGCCGCGGGCGGCAAGAAGCGCGUAGACCGCGUCGAUUGGAUGUACCAAGGUCCGACGGACGGGCAGGCCGGCACGAGCGAAGAGACGGAGGCGUACUUGCUGGGCAAGCGGCGCAUCGACAACCUGAUCAAGGGCACGGAACACAAACAACUGGAGAAGGCCGCCGGGCAAGAGAGUUUCAUGGCGCUGCAGAACGCGAACAGCGCCCGCGAUACAGCAUCCAAGAUCCGCGAUGACCCGCUGCUGGCCAUCAAGCGGCAGGAACAGGCGGCCUACGAGGCCAUGAUGAACGACCCAAUCAAGCGACGCCAGCUUCUGUCGUCGAUGGGCAUCGAGGACAAGAAAGAACGGGACCAGGACAGCAGGCACAGAAAGCAUCGCCACCGACAUCGGAGCCGGGAUCGCGACCGCAACCACGACCACGACCACGAGAGACGACACAGGCGGCACAGAUCGUACUCACGGUCGCGAUCGCCACGACGGCGCCGGCGCGACGACUCGGAGGACGAGUAUAAACACAGGCACAGGCGAGCCAGAGAUACGGACGAGCGCAGUCCGCCACGACGCGACAGAGACCGAUCAGAAGACCGCCACGGCCACGGACAUAGUGACUCCCGUCGUCGCCACGAAGACAAGCAGCGGCGCGGAUCGGGCUCCGAGGAGCGGCAGCGGCGGAGGAGUCCGUCUUUAGAGGACAGGCGACGAAGCCAUGGACGCAGAGACGACGAAGCGAGAGAUGGAAGCAGGUACAAGCACCGUGACGCGAGACAGCGGGACGAGAGGCGGAACGGGAACCACCGAGAUGGUCGAUACCCCCCGAGAGACACAAAUGGCGAUUCGAAAAAGGACGAGGAAGCGGAGCGGGCGAGGAGGCUCGCGGCGAUGCAGUCUGCGGCAUCGGAGCUGGAUCAAGACCGCGACGCGCGGCUACGACAACUGGAGGAACGAGAGCGGGCGGCGCGAGAGGCCGACGACCGGGCGAGGGACCGGGCGGGCGACCGGGGAUUCAUCAACGGGCUGCACAAGCAGGCGGGCAACAUGGCGCUCUCGGAGCGGAUGGGGAGAGCGCGGCAGGGAUACCAGAGAGACGACGAUUAG